UCCCCUCUCCCUCCCUUCCACACAAGCAAGGAAAGGAAUUGCAGAGAGAGAGCCUCUCCUCCUCUUGCAGUCUCCUCUCCUUUAAAUCCCUCUAUCUUCUGUCCUCUUUCAUUCUCUUAUGUUUGUAUCCAUCUUUUUCAGAUCGAGAAUGAUUCCAAUAUUCCUUCUGCUGAAUAUUUUCUACUCAGAAUUUGGCUUCCUUCAACUUGGUUCAACUCUAGGCGUCAAUUAUGGUCAGGUAGCCAACAAUCUACCAUCACCAGAGCAAGUGGUUACCCUCUUGACUUCCCUCGGGAUCACCAAGAUAAGGAUCUACGACGCCAACCCACAAGUUCUGACCGCAUUUGCGAACUCUGGAAUCGAUCUCGUUGUGACAGUACCAAAUGAAGUAGUUCCCCAGAUUAGUGAUCCCCAACAAGCCCUACGGUGGGUCAUGACCAACAUCAAGCCUUACUUCCCUGCCACAAGAAUCUCCGGGAUAGCCGUAGGCAAUGAGGUUUUCACAAGCAACGACACGGCCCUCACGUCAAGCCUCGUCCCUGCGAUGGUUGGCAUCCAUGCAGCCCUCGUCCAGCUCGGUCUCGACUCCUACGUUCAUAUUUCGACUGCAAACUCGCUAGCCGUGCUCGAGAACUCCUACCCUCCCUCAUUCGGGUCGUUCCAGCCAGAACUUGCCAACCUACUGUUGCCAUUCCUUCAAUUCUUGGCGGAGACCAAUUCACCAUUUUGGAUCAAUGCAUACCCAUACUUCGCCUACAAGGAUGACCCAAAUGGGGUUUCACUAGACUACGUUUUGCUCAACCCUAACCAAGGGAUGGUGGACCCUUACACAAAGCUACGGUAUGACAACAUGCUCUAUGCCCAAGUUGAUGCGGUGAUCUUCGCCAUUGCUCGGAUGGGUUAUGGUAACGUGGAGGUUAGGGUGUCGGAGACGGGGUGGCCUUCCAAGGGGGACCUGGAUGAGACUGGUGCCAGUGUUGAGAAUGCUAGGGCUUACAAUAAGAACUUGUUGAUGAGGCAAAUGAGGAACCAGGGGACUCCAAUCAGGCCCACCCAAAGAUUGGAGGUCUACUUGUUUGCAUUGUUUAACGAGGACAUGAAGCCCGGGCCGACGUCGGAGAGGAACUAUGGGCUGUACCAGCCGGAUCUGACCAUGGCCUACAACGUAGGGCUUGGUACGCUGACGUCUACUGCGUCCGUUACCCUCGUUUCAUCUGCUACUCGGGAGACGGGGAAGGAACCUGGCAGCUCGCGGAAAAUGGGCAGGCCAUGAACCCAUUCUUUUCCGAAUUCUUUGCCCUGUGAAGCACCUGGGAAAUUUCCAAGGCCAAAGAGAGACGUACCAAUUCAGGUAGGGACCCUUAUCCUAUCGCCUUAUCUAAUUGGGAGCCUGCUAUACCCCAAACUACCCGGAGGGAACACCUUAAGAUUCCUUGCAUGCCCUCAUAUAACAACCAUUCACUACGAAGGGCAAGGAAGGGUUGAUGGGCAAAUUGACAAAGAGGCAAAUGAAUGGGGUUAUAUUCGUUUUAUGGAUUAAGAAUUUGUGACACUUCGUUUGGUCUCGCAGGAAAAGCAAUAAAAAGUGGAGGCCGCUUUGCAACGUGGAACGCACUGCGGGCUGUGUAAAUUUAGAUUGGAUUCCAACUUUUUCUUCCUUCAGCUGGUUGUCGUUGAAGCCUUGUAGCAUAAUCUAAUCAAGGAUAUAAAAUGGAGGGAAAGAUGGGAGAAAUUUAUAUUUAAAUGAGAAAAGCAUGGACAAGGUUGCGUUGGGUGUGCUUUCUGCGGCCUAACUUUAUUCCCUGAACAAAGCCGUCGGCCUUGGAUCAAAUGCCAUGUGACCAUGGGAUCCCCCUUUGUAUGAUGGAUGAAAUGACCUGGUAGUCCCUCACCUGUAGUUGAAUGUCCAGAACACUAAUUCAUGUCUUAGUUGUGGGCGUAAUUUUACUUGAUGUUCCGCACUUUGGCUUCGUCGGCACAUGUUGAUAGAUUACUCGCCAAGUAUUGGUGCAAAUGCUUGAAGCAUAGAGGAAGAGCAACAAGAAAUGUGGCAAUGUGCCUUCCAAGAUGUUUUGGUUUCGAGUAAAACAAAGAUUUGUGACCAGUUCCUCUGUUUUACCGAUAGAUAUUAGUAUUGCCCACAAAGGAAAAGGUAAUUGACACCCAAGCAGUCAGCACUCGGCCUUCAGGAAGAAGUAUAUUAAGACUCUGGAAUAUCAUACACCCAAUUAAGAGCAAUGGGUUAUGGCAUUGCAUUUGUAAGACAUAAAACAGGGACUCCAGCUAUGUAGCGUAUCGUUUUGAACCUUUUUCUUUCUAUUUUUCCAGCCUGUUAGCUCUUCUUGAUGUACCCCAAAAAAAAGGAUAAAACAACUAAGAGCAAUAAAGCAA